UAGCACAUGCCUAAUGACACAGCCGAAGUGGUCAUCGCCCUCGUGCUGAUCACUAGCUAGACGGUUCCGGCUCCGAUCCACGAUUGCUCCGACCCGAUAGCAAGUCAGACCCAAACCAGGCAAAAUGGCAAAUGGAGUUGGGCCGGAAGUGGUGCGUUCAUGGAAGAUUCCAACAGGCUGGUCUCCUUUUGGGGUCAAAUAAAAAUAACUGAUCGACUGUGAGUUUCCGUCGGCUCAGCCGCUGAGGUUGCCAUCGGCAGCCGGGAUCUUCUGCACCCAGCAGCUAUACCUGGUCCGAUUAGGUAGGUCACUGUCGCAUCGUUUAACGUUGAUGCACUCAGUUAUAAGUUAGAGCGCCACUAGCACUAGUGGCACCGCUCUAUCCGUCGCUAACUGUGUGUGGACACAUUUUCUUUUUCUUUUCUUUCGGGGCAGUUUGUGGACACACUGUUGAUGCCACAACAGUUAUGUGGUUCUGAUUCCAUUUUGAUGCAUGGGCCCUUGUGUCAGUAAAUAGACAACAUGGCUGUGUUGGAGUGGCACCACUUGCUCUAUAGUUGCCACUAGCCCACCGUGCCGCAAUCAUCGUAUUGUUGGGCAUUGCAUACAUAAUAAGCUAACAGACUGCUAUAUAUAUCAUAUAAUUGUUGUUGUGCAUGGAGGCACACAUCCCACGCUACACUACACUACAUUACUACCGGGCCAUAUCCUAUUACACACUUGCUAUAUGCAUGAUGCAACGUACGCAAGCUCUCAUCCCACCGGAUACGUCACGCACGUUGAGACCGGCCGCACCUAACACGUCGCUUCUCUAGAUAAAACACUCACACACACAGUACACUUGCAGGAUAACUACUGGGCGUUUUUUUGCCCACGGGCCGAGUGGCACCCCAAAAAACCGCGGCAGACGCCACCCCACACGUCGGAUCACACGAAGCAACGCGAUCAUCUCCAUCUCCUCCUGGGUCGAUCGGUCGCGUGGUCGCCUCCCCUCUCGUCGGCUCCGUCCGUGCAGGCGGCCGUGGAGUCAUGGACUUUUCCACAGAGGCGAGCAAAAGAUUUCAGCGCGAGAUGUGUAUGUAUCAACCGGGCGCAUGCCGUGCGUUGCGUCGCGUCGCGUCCGUCCCCCGCGCGAGGCGGGGCAAGCGAGACGUCCCCGUCUCUCGCUUGUGCCCCCGCCCCGGGAUUGAUACGAUACGCGCGGCGUGGGGUGGGCGCACCGCGCGCUCACCUCUCGCCGUUAAUUCCUCCCUCUCCCACCACGUGUUUCUUGUGCUUAACUAGCUUUCGCCGACGCAGUCGCGCGCUUACGUACGUACACCUACGCAAGUACGUAGGAGUACGCGAUUGGGCAGGCGGGCGGCUCGCCUAACCACACAUGGCGGUCGAUUGGAUCUGGGAGAGGCGCCGGAGAGAGGAGGAAUAUAAUCAUCAGUGCGUGCGUGAUUCGAUCAGUGUGGCCAGCAGCCAGCCUAACCAGUAACCAACCUGCAACCACCCCUCGCCCGUGCCACUGCCGUGCCGUGCCAGUACAAGCUCAUCAGUCAUCCCGGUUGUGCUGUGCGCGAUCGAUGCGUGGGCGACGUAGCGUUACGAGCGUUGCGAGCGGCGACGACGACGGCGCGAAUCUGAGCCAGCGGUGGUUGCCCGGUUGGCAUGAGGCUGGUGAGUGUGGUGAGCUAUAUAGCAGGGGGUAGCAAUUGAUAAAGCACCUGCACCUAACUACCUAUAACAGAAACAGGGAAAGGUUAAUGUUUUUUGGGGGGUUGGUUGGCUACACUGAUGAGAGUCUGAAACCUUCCCAUCCAUCGACCGAUCGCCGGCUUCUUUAGUUCCAAGCUACUGUCAUGAGACAGAAUCUGGUUCGUUACUCGUCGGUGCCGCGCUGUCGCUUCCCUGAAAAAACGCAUUGUACCCUUGUUUUUUAAUUAGGACAAACUGAAAAGAUUAUUGCGAAAGCAAGCUUAGCAGUCAGCACCAGGUUACACCUUCAUCAGCUAGCUCAGCAGGCAUGUCAAGGCUUCAAGCAUGGCUAUGCUAGCGCUAUUAUAUUUUCUAUCCAUCAAAACAUCAACUUUAUUUCAUGGCCACACAGCAGAUCGAGAACUCGCUUACAGUGCUCUUCUUAAGCAACCUUUGCUUGAUUGCCUGAAAGCAUACACGUGUCGCCAGCUAGUUGAAUUGAUUAAACUUGCUGGUCUAGCUGGUUAGGCAUACAGUUGUCUGGCCGGUGUAGUAACAUUUUCUAGCUAGUUACAUGUGACUGAUAUUGCUUGCCGUAUCGGGUGCCAUUGAAAACUGCGGGGAGAAGAGUAUUGUGACAGCUACAGUCUCCAGCUCUAGCUGCAGCUUGCAAGACUGUCAACAUGUGGACGUGCUGCCAACGCUCACAGCUAUGUAUGUACUACUAGCACACACCUACAAGUACAGCUAGUCGAAUGAAUUUAGCCAUGAUGUCUGAAAAACACUUGCUAGCUACUAUUUCCAGAAUGAAAAAUAAGUGACGAGAAAAAAAAAAUGCAAUACAACAUUACAGCACCAACAUUGCAGUGUAGUUAAUGGCAAUACAUACAGCCUAGCUAGUUUUUCUUUCUUGUGGCUCCAGUCUGUAUCUAAUGAUGUAUUAGAAUCAACCAUGCAAUGCAACUGUCCCAAUUCCCUUCUUGCAGUUUAGUACUUAACUGAAAGACGAUUACUUCCCUCCACGAUCUGAUCGUUCGUUAAUUACUCCGACCAAAUUUUGUUUGCAAUGUAGGGAAUACUUGUUCUUCAGACUGGCAGAAUUAUUGGAUGAUCAGGCACACACGAGUUCGUUGCUCUCACACUGUCUGAACCAUUCCUUAAUCAGAGCCAAUUUGCAUUCCCGCGUAUCUUUCUCAUCAUGUACAAAUCUAUAUAUCAUUGUUCUUUCAGAUGUAACUGGAAGCUGGAUUUUUGUACCAUUCAGUGAGCAUUCAGACGUGCCACUCCCAAGCUAGCACACGUAGCUACCUGAGCUGUAUCAGAAAAUGCUAAUUUGAUCAUAGCAACCAUACAAAUACUAAAGCAUAUCCACUGUUCAUUUGCUUCAUGUUUCCAAGAUCAAAGAAAGCUCCAUUGUUUUCUCUGCAUUGCAGAAUGUCACAAGACGAACUGCAGCAACCAGGUCAGGUGCAGUGGACGCCGGCGCCGGAAGAGAAGUCGGAGAUCGCGGUGCAGUUCUUCACCGCGCCGUACCCUUGCCAGAACGGCCAGCUUGAUCACGGCGAGCACCAUGCACUAGGUGGCAUUGGAGCGUGCAGCUCCGUGCAUUGGCAACCUGACCGUGGCACGUGCUACUGGCCGCCGCCUCUCAGUGGGGACGGCGGCGGCGGCAGCGGCAGCGGCAGCUCCGGCACCGGCGAAGGCAGCUACAUCGGCGAGCGCUGCUACUACGUCGGCGAGCCCGACGUGCCCAUCGGCCUCAACCUCCUCGUCGGCGACAAUGACGGCGCCGGAGUAGUACUCCGUGACGCGGCGCCGCAGGCGAAGCGGAGGACUCAGGCCGGCCAUGGAGGAGAUCUUGGACGGCAGAAGAAGAAAGCUCGAGUUUCAGAUAAGCGGAAUCAGGAGAGUAUGCAGAGCGGCAGCUGCUCCGACAACGAGUCCAAUUGCUCCCAAGUGAACCGCCGCAAGGUGGAUCGUGUCGCCGGCGGCGGAAACGGGAAGGUUCCGGCUCGCCGGAGGUCGGCGACCAUUGCCCAGAGCCUCUAUGCAAGGAGAAGAAGAGAGAGGAUCAAUGGGAGGCUCCGGAUUUUGCAGAAGCUGGUACCUAAUGGAACCAAAGUGGAUAUCAGCACAAUGCUUGAGGAGGCCGUCCAUUACGUGAAGUUCUUGCAGCUACAGAUCAAGAGUUUGUCAUGAUCAGAUGCUUAGCUCUGAUGAGCUGUGGAUGUACGCACCGAUUGUUUACAAUGGCAUGGACUUGGGAAUUGAUCUGAAUAUUUCCCCUCCCCGGUGAUGGACUCAACUCAACUUACUACCAUCUCAACGAGUUGAAAAGAGGAUGAGUGAAGGCUAAGAGAGCAAUGUGGAUGGCUAAGUAUACGCAAUCUUUGACACUGACGAAAUUACAGACGUAAGGGUUGCCAUCUGCCAAAGUCUCAUCUUCAAACAUGAAUGAUCAGAUCCUAUAAAAAAACUACCGGAAUUCUGGUGUGACAUGUUCUCAAAGCUGAGGCCCUUGCUUCCAUGCUAUAGCAACUAACCAAUGCUGUAGCCAAUUUAUUUCGAGACAAGAAGCAAAGCUCACACAAAUACAGGAAGUCAAUGCGCAUGGCCUUCGUGAUUAUUCAGUUGAUGGUUACACCAAACUUAUUCUUGUACGAAUUUCCAAUGCAACUGAUCAUUGGCAGCACAGUUGCAUCCAUGUAUUGAUGUACCCAAGGGAUGCAAAAUUAAAUGGAGCUGUACACACCUAGAAAAAGUAGAAAUCAAGAUCCUACCAGACAUUGUAACCAUGAUGUUUCCUAGCACAGUUUGUGUUCCAUUGUAGUCUAGCCCCUGUAGUUCUAUUGCAAAGUUGCAACUUCAAACUCUGCAUCACCUUUGCCUCUAAUGUAAGGAAAAAAAAAAGGAUAAUUUUGCACCAUGAUAGCGGAUUUUCCCCCCUGUUUGCUACAAGGUGAAGCCUAUAAUAGAGCUUUGAUAAUGUAUUGACGCUGAAUUGGCACUCCUCGACCACCACCAACAUCACAUCUCCUCCAACAACACUGUUAACUUUAGCAUAUGUCAAUGUCACUAUAUCAGCAGUUACCCUGUAGCUUUCAGAUACAAAGAUUAUGCUGUGUACUGCACGGAUCAGCAUGGAGCACGUGAGGCUGAGAUCAAACGUGCAAAAAUCUAAUGCCAAAAAGAACUUCAAAAA